CCAUGAGGAACGGCGAUGACCUGGAAGGCUUCGACGGCGAGGCGUCCAGCGCCUCCAUGAUCUCGGCGGCCAGCAGCCCCUACCAGCCCACCACGGAGCCCGUCAGCCAGCGCCGCGGGCUGGGCGGCCUGCGCUGCGACCUGGACUACCUGCGGGGCACCUUGGGCAGGCUGAAGCUGGCCGAGGUGCUUUUGGCGCUGACGGCGUUCAUCUGCAUAGAGACCAUCAUGGAAUGCUCCCCCUGCGAGGGCCUUUAUUUCUUUGAGUUCGUCAGCUGCAGUGCUCUCGUGGUCACCGGCGCUCUCCUGAUUUUGUUCAGUCUCAGCCUCCACACAAGAAUACCCCAGAUCAACUGGAAUCUCACUGAUCUGGUCAACACUGGACUCAGCACUUUCUUCUUUUUCAUUGCCUCUGUAGUACUGGCUGCUUUAAACCAUAAAACUGGAGCAGAAAUUGCUGCUGUGGUGUUCGGGUUCCUGGCCACGCUGGUGUUCGCGGUGAACGCAGCCGUGGCGGUGCAGCGCUGGCGGCUGGGCCGGCGGCAGCAGAGCCGCCAGAGCAGCGAGUACGUGCGCGCCCGCAGCGAGUCCCGCGAGGUGGUGCACCGGCCCGAGAUCCAGCGCCUGGACGCCUGAGGGCCGCCCCAAGGGAAAAACAGCGCCCAGCUCCCUCAUGGAACAAGGCUUUGGCUUUAUUCGAGCAGGAAAAGGUGCUUCGAGGCUGGCGAGGAUGCCCAGCCCUGCACGCGUGCAGAGAUGUGUUGAGCCAGAAGCUGCUGUCAUGGAGGCAGAAAAUGGUGGUGGUUCCAAAGGAAGAUCCCCUCAAGGCCUCGGCAUAGACAUGGGCAUAUAUUAUAUAGCUCGCAGAAUAUAUAAUGUAUGUCUGUUCUGAAGUGUGUCACUGCUUUGGAUUACGUGCACAGAGUUCCCUUCCCUCUCUGGAGAUGCCCUGCUCCUGCAGCUGCCCCGGGGACGGAGCAGCACUGCCCGGCUGCUGAGGGAGGAGAUGGAGCCCCCAGAUGUGCCAAGGAGCCAGGGGCACUCAGCAAUAACUCAGCCAGCGGGGCCUGUCCGUCCCAAACUGUGUCUGUCUGUCUGUCUGUCUGUCCUCCUGCCCUGAGCCCUGCCCAGCUGCCUGCCUGCU